AUGAAAUUAACAUCUGCCCCCUCUUGCGCAUUUGUUAGUUUUCUCUCAGAACGUCUAAUACAUAUAGACACUCAUGUAUAUUCUACGGUUUAUAAAAUGCCACCAAGCGUUGCAUCUAUAAAGCCUCCGUCUCCGACUCCUGCGAUAAUGUCUCCAAUGGUUCUUUCUUCUUCGUCGUCUUCUUCUGAAUACAGCGAGUCCGAAUCUACGAGCGAGGAAUCAAAUGACGAUAAAAAAUUGGAAUUGCCCUCUUCGAAAAAUGUAGAGACUUCCGUAACGCAAAAUACUUCAGUCGUUGCUCCGGUCGAAGAGGAAACAAAACCCAGGUGGAAUUUGAGUUCGUUUAUAAAGAGAGAACCUAUGUUGAGCGGAACUUCGAGUAGCGUUGGACAUCCUAGUAGCGUCGGUCCUCCGAGUAGCGUCGGUCCUCCUAGUGUGCCUGAACCCAGUCCGGGAUUCGUACGCGGACCGAGGAGUCCGUUAGAAAACCGGACAUCAGCACCAAACGCGAAAAGUUCGGCCAAGCAAAAGAAAACGACGCGUAAAUCGGAUUCGGAGAGCGAAGAAGACCGUAAAAGAUCUAAUCAAAAAAUGAAACUGAGCAGUUGUUCGGAUUCCGAUGAGGGUGUUCGAAAUGGUAAAAUAGAAACCGGAGAGCGGCAAAGGCAAUCCAUGGGAAAAGAUUUGUCGGAAAGUGAUAGCGAUGGGUCCAUUAUGAAAGAACCAAUUAAACCUCCUCCCAGAGUGGCUAGAAGGCAAAAUUCUAGGUCGUCUGUGGCAAGUUGUGCUUCCAGAUCUCCAAGCGGUUCCAGACAAUCAAAGUCUCCAAUGGGAAAAAGAAAGGCUUUGAGGCGAAAUUCUAAAGUUACCAAUGCGAUUUCAAAUAUGUCCGACGAAGACGUCAAAAGGAAAAACGUUUCUUCCGAUGAUGAUGAGUAUCAUUCGCGCGUGGUUAAAGAUGAAACAAUUCUAAAUGAUAAACAUAGAAAAUUUAGACAAAGUUCAUCGACGACCGGUGGUAGGAUACAAAUGAAAUUGCAAGAGGAUUCCGACGAAGAAAAAUCGGAAGGAAAACUUUUCAACGGAAGAAAUAACUUUAAGUGCAAUGAAACGGAAAAACGAGCGAAGGAUUCCGCGCGGAGAUCGCAGAGCAGUAAGAGAAAUGACGAGGAAAUAAAAUCAAAAACGAAGAAUAAAUAUGUCGAUGUGAAGAGAAGGUCGGAUCAAAUGACGAGUAAUGAGUACAUUAAUAAGUCUCAAGUUAAGGUUACCCCCAAAUCUAGGCCGGCAUUGAUUCCAAGUGCUUCUGACAGUGAAAAUCCUAAGAAAGUUAUGAGAAGGAGAAGGAGUAGCGUAUUGCAAAAGAAUCUUCCGGACAGUUCUAGCGACGAAGAAGAUGACGAAGUUAGAAAGCGGCCUCCAAAGCUUCAAAGGACCAAACAGAAGAAAGAGGCGGAUAGAUUGAAAAAGAAAAUCCCGGUUCAUGUGUCUUCGGAUGAAGAUUGGAUGCGGGAUAGGUCAGCGUCUAGCCAAAGAGGAAAAUCAACGGAAAACAAAAGGAAUUGCAUCAGACCAAAGGCUCGAAUGAAGAGCGUUAAAAAUGAAGAUACCAGCAGCGAAAGCGAAAGCUACGGUUCGGUUUUUAGCAGGGAACACCUAAAAAUAAGCAGGGAUCAUGUGGCGCCUAAAAAACGAGAAAUCAGUCCGUUGUCUAGUUCGGAUUCCGAAAAAGAACCAGGAAUACCUUCCAGGCGUGAUUCGAUUUCUUCCAACUGCAGCAAAAAUGAUUUGCGUGCGGGCCAUGGUAAAGGUCCUCCUCCCAAAAUGGAAGAGAGUCCUCCCAAAUUGGACGUCGAGGGUAAUAUAAAAGAUAGGAAGAAGACCGAAACUUUAAUGAAAUUAUUUAGCACGGGUAGUAAAGGUGGUAAAGGUGGCAAAGGAGGAGGAGGUAAAGGGAAGGGCGUUCCAGGCAUAGUCGUCAAAUGCGAACCGGAUAGAACUGAGAGAAGUUUAGACGAUGCGUCGAAAACAUCAAGUCAUUCGAUAUCCUCGCGAUGUCAGCCAGAAAUAACGCCGACUGCUAAGGAAGACGAAGUUAUAUGUUCUAAAAAAAGGUUAACGGUUGAUUCGAAGAAAAUGAAAGACAAAAAAGAAGUUAAAAAAUCGCCUUUAGUAGAAAUCAAAUCGGAAAUGAAAACGGAAAGAAGGGAUAGGAUUUCCGAGAAUCAUAGAAGCAUACCAGAAGUAUCACCGUCGAGGUACAAAAGUGACGGAGUCAUACCUAGUAUAAUGUGCCGCGUUGACCUAGAUAGAAUUUCAAUAGUUUUGAAAAAACGAACUUCCGAAGACAUUAGAACGAAAACGGAAAUGGCGGACACCAGGCAGCAGGGGGAAAUGAAAUUUAGCAGUGAUGAUAUUAAAAGUGAUAAAAGGUACGAUAAGUUGAAGUGCGAAGAAAAAGAUGAUAAACACGUGGUGGUGGUGGUGGAUGUAUUAAAGAGUGAUAAAAAUAGGACGGAAAAAAGUAAAAAGCGGACUUAUUCGACGGAUGAAAUACUAGCGGAGGGAGGAGGAGUAACAAAAUGUGAUAAAGUGAAAAAAUCAAAGGAAGACAUAAAAGUGGUGAAACAAUUAUCGUCAAAGGAAAGUGAGAAAAACAACAAAAGGCACAGAUACGAUAGAGUUCAAUCUCCGAUUUCUAGUGAUACGGAUUUGAAAAAAUUAGAAAAAACGAGUGAUUUGGGUAGCGACGUUGAAAAAACUCCCGACAAGUGCGAUUUAAAUGACGCGGAUAGGAGAAAGCAAAAAUCAUCGGAAAAAAUGAGGCACAAGGGAGAAAGGAAAAGGCGUCCGAGCGUGAGCAGCGUGAGCACGGAAUGCAGUCAAAAAUCCGAAGUGCUUUCAUCGUCAUCCGGACGGCGAAAAGACAAAGAAGGCAUAAAUCACAAGCACAAAAGGAGAAAAUUAGAUGAAUGCGGUGGCAGCACUGAUAAUAUUAUUAUUAAAAAGUCUAGUCCCAGCGAUGUUGUGAUCGGUGAUGUACAUUCAAAGAACGAGAGGUUGUCGUCGACGUGCGUGAACGAAGAUGCCAACGGUCAUUUGGCACCGCCGAAAUCAAAUUCGGAAAAUCAUCAUAUGGAUGGAAAACAAAAUUCGGAUCCGUCACACGGAACUCCUUCCGUCGUCAAUGCCUACGACAGAAAUGAAAAUGGCGAACUUCACUCGGAUUGGUCACCGGGACGAAUGAGAAAAAUAUAUUAUUCCUAUUUCGAAAGAGAAGAAGAAGAAACGGAUAGCAACGACAAGGAUAAAAAUCAAUAUUUGAACGAAGCUAAAAGGUUAAAACACAAAGCAGAUAUAGAAACGGAUAGGACGGCUCAAGGAAUGCAAUAUUUGGAAGCUGUUUUGUAUUUUUUACUAACCGGAAAUGCGAUGGAGCAUGAAAAAGUAACGGAAAAAGCAGCCUUCACCAUGUACAAAGAUACAUUAAGUCUUAUCAAGUACAUUUCGUCAAAGUUCAAAGGUCAGCAAACGAACACUCCUCAAGGAAAUAUUCACAAUAAGCUUGCAGUUCUCAGUUUAAGAUGCCUUUCCUUGCUGUAUUUAAAAUUGUUUAAAAUGAGUAAGCAAGAAGUUAAAGAACAAAGGAAAAUAUUGUUAGACUACGGUACAAAAGUUUCGGCGCAACCGGUGGAAACGAUAUGCGGGGGUCACGGUACUCCAUCACCGAAUAGUCCGACUCCCUCACCUGCCGGAUCCGUCGGUAGCGUGGGUUCUCAAUCUUCCGGAUACAGUAGCGGAGAAUUGAGAGCAGCUCCGCACGUUCCCGUUCCCGUUCAAGUUCACAGUGCUCACAUGAAACAAACGACUCAUUUUGGACUCCUUUUAUCUUGUCACGAUCUCUGGGAUCAAGCCGAUCAAUUGCGUGAAUGCGGGCCUUUAACACUUCACAGUUCCCUCAACGAUUUAGUUCGAUACGUACGAAAAGGAAUUCAAAGGCUUAAAACGUUAUGA